GUUUUUUUAAUGGCUGAUUAAGACCAGAAUAGGCAGUGAUUUAACCUUGCUUAACAGAAGCAAAGAAGCAUAAGAAGAAGGUUUUAAUGCAAUAUUAAUUAAGCCAAUAGGAACAAAGAAUUGUCAUUAAAGUCAAUAGAAACAAAGUACAGUGCAAUUUUAUCAAAAUGUAUGACACGGAAAUGCCCAGCGAUGUCGAAAAAAUAAUUGAAUCAGUGGAUGAUCUAAAAAAAAAGCUACUUUGUUCAGAGGCUCGCCGAAUCUCACGAAUUAUGGACAACUGCAUUAGGCAAGUCCUAACUAUGGCAACACUGCCUAUGAUUCUUCCCAAACUUUCCAAAUUUACAGACAAAGACCUGAUAAAUGAGCUUCAGAAGCAUAAACAAAUUUGUGAAAAGUUAGAAAAAAAGAUAGAGGACGGUGAACAGGAAAAACCAGAAAGAACAGGUAAAAAGGGAAAAAACAAUCUGGAAAGAGACAUCAAAAAUUCUUCCAGGGAUCUUCUCAGAUUUUUGCGAUCAUGUCCAGAAGCGAUUGUUGCACUGAAAUCAGUUCCAGGUGUUGAAAUUGGGGAGCAUGAGUUAAACCUGGUUGUAGAGCUUAAAGGGUUUCAUAGCCACAUGCUCAACAAAUUACUGACUAGUCCGUGUCAUGAAAAACACCUGCCUUUCCACAAGAUAGGACCUACACAUCUGGACAAAAUACUUCAUGAUCUGGAGGAAAUGUCUUUAGAGGAAGCAGAAGUGGCUGCAGCCAUGAAGAAAGUCAAUGCAAAGAUUGCACAGAAAAACAUUGAGAUUGAAAAUUUGCAGGAGGUGACACAGUUGACAUCGUUCGCGGCGGAGAACGAGCAGCUACCUGUCAAUCCAUCUCUAACUUUGCAGGAGAGAAUUGAUCAACUGAAGAUUCAAGUCAGCAUUUCUAAACGAGAGAACACCGAAUCACUAGCAGUACUCAACAAAGAGGAUGAAGGAGUAGAGAAAAUAUUUGAUGACUUGUGCCAAACACACUACAGUGACGUAGAUGAACCACAGACUGACCUGGAGUCCAUAGAAGAGGACCCUGAAAAAGAGGAAGAAAAGAAGCUCGCACAGGACAAUUUGCAGCAAGAAUUACUAAAGGUACUUGAAGAUGAAAAAGAUCUGCUUUAUAAUGAAUCGCUGAGAAAACAAGCAGGUUUAAAACAGAAAAUUAACCAAAUGGAGAAUGAGCUCAACAAAUUACAAAAGGAGAAUUUAGAUGCAGAGAUUAAGCUUCAGGGCAGAAAUAAAAAAUUGGAGAAAGUAAAGGAAAACAUGCAGAAAACCUAUGAAAAUGAAAAUAAGCAAAGACAGGAAGAGCUUGAUCUGGAAGAACUUGAAACCCAAAAGGAGGAGGACAAGUUGAAAGCACUACAAGAAGCCUACGCUGUCCUCAAAGAAGAGUAUGACCAGAUCCAAGAGAGACUGGCAGAGGAGCAGAGACAGCGGGAAUUAUUACAGACAAAAAUUAAAGCUGCUACCUUCGCUCAGGCUUGGUGGAGAGGCUACUGUACCCGUAAAGCCUUAAAGGAACAGGCUGAAAAGGGAAAGGCUGGUGGCAAGAAAGGAAAGAAAGGAAAAGACAAAAAAGGAAAAGGAAAAGGAAAAGGCAAGAAGAAAAAAUAAGCCAGUGAGAAAUUUCCUCACUGUGGUGAUAAACUGGAAACAGUCUACCUGUAAAAGUUUUAGGUCUAGUCCUUUCACCAGAUUUGUCACUCAGAUAGGUUUAAUGUGGCCCUAAGUAUUUCGUCUAAAAUUUGUAUUUUUUCACUUAGCAGAGUUCCAGAUGUACUGAAUGUAAAAAUAUGAAGAAGCGAUUCAUUUUAAAGGGAUUUAAAGAGAUGAGACCAGCUUCCAUACACUCCCAUAUAUCACCUUACAGUGGCUUUAGAUAUCCACAACUCUAACAAUGUCAGGGACACUGUAGUGUAUUAUGUGUUAUUUCAUUAAAGUAUUUUUCGUUAUAAAGACAGAAUUGGAAUGAUGAAGUUU